AUGGAUUCCUGGGAUGAAGACAGUUCCCUCUUCUCACUUCAAAACCUUCGAUGGCUCAACCUUGCCGGAAAUUAUUUCAGCAACUCUAAAAUCCCAUCUGAGUUUGGUAAGUUGAGGAGUCUAACUUAUCUCAAUCUCUCUGACACUGGACUCACUGGUCUUGUCGCACCUGAAAUCUCUCUUCUGUCAGAACUAGUUUCGCUUGAUCUCGGUCUGAAUUUUCUUUUGUUUAGGAACCAUGAUUUUAACAUGCUUGUCCACAACAUUACAAAAUUAGAAAAUAUGAUCCUUGACGGAAAUUUCCCAACCCAAGUUUUCCAUCUUCCAUAUCUUCAAAACAUCAUCUUAAGUAGUAAUCCAAAUCUCAUUGGUUAUCUACCAGAAACAAAUUGGAGCAGUCCCCUUAGGUUAUUGGAUGUUUCAGUGACAGAGUUUUCAAAAGGGUUACCCAGCUCAAUUGGUAACCUUAAAUACUUGAAAACACUCGGCCUUUCUCAUUGUGUUUUUACGGAGUUCAUCCCUUCAGCACUUGGAAACCUCACAAAACUCACCUUCUUGGAUAUCUCAGACAACAUGUUUCAAGGGCAAAUUCCUGAUGUUUUUGGGAACUUAAACGAUCUAAGGUACCCUUCCAACAACAUAAGUGGACUUUCGUAUCUACGAGAACUCUACUUAAGUGCAAACUUGCUUAGUGGCAGAGCACCAGGUUGGUUGUUCAGUCUACCUUCUUUGGAGGAUCUGGACCUCCACUCUAACAAACUUAAUGGUCCCAUUGACACAAUCCAAGAGCCUAAUCUAGUCCGAGUUGUUGAUUUAUCACAGAAUGAAAUACAGGGAGCAAUUCCAAGUUCUUUCUUUGACCUCAUCAACCUUACUGCUCUUGACCUUUCAUCUAAUAACUUGAGCGGCAAUAUGAAGUCAUGCAUGCUUGUGAAGCUUAGGAAUCUAUGGUUUCUUGAUCUUUCAUUUAACAACUUACUAUCAUUAACAAGGUGUAGUAAUGAUGUCAAUUCUACCCUACCCAUGAUAACUCAGUUUCAUUUCUCUUCUUGCAACAUGCAGCGUUUCCCAAGCUUCUUGAAUGCAUCCAAGUCCUUGGAACUUUUAGAUCUUUCAAAUAACCAAAUUCAUGGUUCUAUUACAAAAUGGGAAGCCGAAGGAUGGGAGGGCUUGGCCUCUUUGAACCUUUCUAUGAACUUCUUGACUAGCGUUGAGCAAAUUCCAGGGAAGCAUCUGUUUGUUCUGGACCUUCGCUCUAAUUCACUUCGAGGACCACUUCCAACUCCACCACAGGAUUUGAAUUAUUUUUUAAUCUCAAACAAUGAGUUGGUCGGAGAAAUCCCUUCCAAGAUUUGCAAUUUGAGUUUUCUUUAUGUACUUGACUCGUCCAAGAACAAGUUGGACGGAACUAUUCCAGAUUGUAUUGGGACUUUUAGCGACCAGCUUUCAGUGGUUAAAUUGAGAACACUUAAUCUCAAUGGUAACCAGAUUGAAGGAUCAAUUCUGCAAUCAUUAACGAACUGCUACUAUUUGGAAGUUUUAGAUUUGGGCAACAACAACAUAAAUGAUACAUUUCCUUAUUGGUUAGGUACGCUUCCUAAUCUGAAAGUUCUUGUCCUUCGAUCUAAUGGAUUCCAUGGUGACAUACAAAAUUUCACUGGAACAUUUUCCUUCAGCAGCCUUCAAAUGAUUGAUCUCUCUCGAAAUGAGGUCACUGGUCAUAUCCCACCGAGCUAUUUGAAAAUUUAA